AUGAGGUUGGAAUUAUUAUUUUCAACUUUAUUCAUUGGUUUGUUACUCAUCUCUGUAGCCAUUUCUGAUGAACAAGCAACUGGAUGUGAUGCUAUCGUAAAUUUAAAUGCUUAUGAUGCUGCCGUAAAAUACAAUACACUUGUAACUACCGUUGGAUUAACUCUUGGUUCGAUACUUGGUGCCAUUCCAGUACCCGGAGUUGGAUCUGCCCUUGGAGCCAUCGCCAAACAAAUCGUGGGAACCUUCAAGAUUGACUCGUCCGAGUAUUUGGCCAAGUUUGUGCAAGACACUGUUACAUUUGCCAUCGAGUGCAAUGACCUCAACAACAUGCAACUCCAACUUCAAUCGGCCUAUUUAUCAGCUGAUAACAACGUCGAUUGCAUGUACGCUUCGGAGAGUACCGUCCAAUUCGAGUGCACCAACGGCAACAGAACCUUUUCUUUUACCAACUUUCGCCAACAUCUUUAUGCUCAAAGACCAUUCUUUUAUUAUGGAGUCAGUGAUGACGUCAAGUCGUUAAGUGUCAAGGCCGCCACGUUGCCCGUCUUUGCUCAGUACGCCAAUAUCUACAUGGCGUCGGUCCGAGACCAAGUUCUCAACGUCAACAGCCUCACCUGGAGUCCUGAAGACAAGCAACUGCUCCUUGCCGACCUCAAUACAUUUGCCAGUGAGUCCAUUGCCUAUGCUCAAGACAUUUACACGAGAUACAUUGCUACACUUCCCGACGGUAGUUUGACGGCCGACCAAUUCAACGAUGCUGCCAAAACCAUCAACAUGCUCCAAACCGGUGUCAUGGACCACGUCUACUACUGGAAAUAUAUGGAUCCAUUUGUCUAUCCAUUUGGUGCUCCACCAAGACCAGUAACAACCAUGUACACUCAAAUGGUUGGUCAACAUCAAGAUCCAGCUAUCAUUUCCCAAGAUAUUAGAGAAGGAGACACAUGGGUUAGAAAUGAAGAGUUUUAUCCAAAUCCAAAGACUGCCAAUACUUCACCUUGCACAACUCCAGUUUUUACAAACAAAGCAAUGGUCUUCAAUAAUGUUCAAUCGGAUAUAUGUUCCACAUCGGUUCAUGGAAUUGGUGGCAUCAACUUUAUUCAACAUUCUCCACACGCUGAAACUUUGACUGGGUUUGGAUUGUCCUAUGACACAUUGGAAAGUGCCGGCUGGGUUGAAUUAACCAAGCCCAAUCAUAUCACAACUGUCACCACCGAGUAUGGCAAUUACAUUGAUCGUAUCAAGUUUGGUCUUCGUGACAAUACCAGUUCUCCAUCGAUUGGAGACGCCGAAGUUGGAGGUAAUACAGACGUUAAAACCUUUGGUAAUGGGUACCAUCUCACCGGUGCAUGUGUUGCAAGAUACUAUGUAAGCUACAUCAAGACUGUUUUCGGAACCUAUGCAUGUAUCUAUGAAAGUCGAACCAUCAAUGUACUGUACUAUCUCUUUUCGACCGUGCCAGUUGUAUCCAAGCCGUUUGCAAAGGCUCCCGUCUAUCGUUAUCGUGAAAUAGACUCUGUCAAUGGACUUUCAUACAUGUUGAGCAUUCACAACAAUCUUGUCGUGCCAGGUUGGUCGCUCGAAGGAAUUGCCUUUGGAGCAUUCACACCCAACUUCCAAGACACUACCACCGUCACCAUCCAUCAAUACCAUACCAUCUCUGUCGAUGGUAGAAAGCGUUACACCUAUGAAGCCAAUGGCGAUAUUGACCUCCCAGGCUACAUCUAUGACUAUCCAGUGUUCAACGUGUACUCUGGUCUGGGUGCUGGACGCACUGCUGUUUCCAUUUUCACCUCUCUCGACGGCAACAACUUCAAGGUCUACACCACCGAGACAUUUAUUGCUGGCUGGAGUUACACUGCCUAUGCCUGGGCUGCCGACACCACCUCGAUUGUCCCCACCGUCACCACUACGCUUGCAGGUCCAGACCCUGUCUACAGACAAAUCCAAAGUGCGUCCAACAAUCUUUGUUUGACAGCCGACUCGACCACCAACAAGCCAAAGCUCAGAGCUUGCCAAGCAGCUGCCGACCAAAUCUGGAAUUUCAAACCAAACUUCCAAUUUGGCAGUCAGUUGGUCAACACUGGUAGCAAGUUGAUUAUCUCUCAAAACACAGCAACCGCUCCCUAUGUAGAUGCAUACCUCGCCUCCUUUGUCAACAGCUUUGGCACUACAUUGGUUUAUCCAGCUGGCAACACCAAUCAACAAUACAUGAUCAAGGGAUCGUAUGGAAAAUGUCUUUCAAUGCCAAGUACAUGUACUUAUGCCGACUCUAAUGGGUAUAUCUAUGACCUUUCAGCGCUGUCGUCCAGUUCUUACAACGUCCAACUCGACACGUCAAUCUAUACCAUGUUGUUCAGUGUUUGCAACGCUUCUCCUGCUACUUGUGGCAACAGUGCUCUUCAAUCGUGCCAACAAUCAACAACCAACCAAGCAAUCUACAAAACUGGAACAUUUGCCUCACAGACAACCGUCACUCAGUCAGCUGCUGGUCUAGGUCAAGGUAUUGUACUCCAAUACACUAGCGAUGUCAGAACCUUUAAACUCAACUUGACAUGUUCCUCGGCCAGCACGUCGACUCCUUUUAAAUGUCAUGAAUCACCAGCGUUGACCUACACAUGUUCCAUGUCUCAUCCAAGUGCAUGUGGUACUUUGGAAUCAUCACCCAAACUCUCGUAUGUUGCAUGUGACUCGUCCGACGUCAAGCAGUUGUGGAGUUCGCCAGCCAGUCAACCAACCUAUACCAAAGACAAGAUUGGUACACAUCUCGGUGGAUGUCUUGAUGUCAAUGAGGUGUUUGGACCAUCGUCUCUUUUGGAUGGACAGUCCAUUUCAAAUGGUGGCUUGUCGCUCUCACUCGCCUCUGGUCUUCUCACUCUUUCCUUGAACGGUGCCAAUGUGUGGCAAGCAGGGUCAAUCAAGCCUGACAAGGGCCCAUUCCACGCUACCAUCCAAACUGACGGCAAUAUCUGUGUGUCGUCGACACUCGGAGGUGCGACGUAUUGUGCCAUGACCCAAGGGCUUGGUGGAACCAUCCUCAACCUGCUUACACCCAACGCCUAUGGUUUGAACUUUGCCAUGAUGCUCACCAAUCCAAGUGGUAGAAUGGUAUGGUCGCAGCAAGGAUACCCAACAAGCUACAAGAUCGCUCUUAUCCCUGGUAGUUAUCUUGAAGCUGGUGCAGGUGACCGUUCUCUUCUCGGCCCCGAUCAAUUCAUCACCAAUGGUAGAGACUACUUGUAUGCCAAAACCUCUGCCGACGGCUAUACUUUUGUGGUCAAGUUUACCACCAACAACCCUCUGUCUACUCCCACCGUUAGAUGGCAAAUAGAUUUCCCAGUUCAACAAGGUUUCUCCCUCCUCAAUUAUUUGGAGAUCACCGACGGUGGUAAUGUAAUGUAUGCCGGUGCUCCAAUUGGCUCAUUCUCGCUCAGUACAUGCCACAGUGCCAAAAUCUUUGAUUUCAAUUGUGAUGGCCUUAUUGCACCAAGUUUUGCUGGACUCAAAUAUUUACACAUUCCAUCACCAGGUUCUGUCGAGGCCACUGACAAUGCUAUCGUCUAUCGUUCAGCCACCGGAUCUGUCUUGUGGGGAGCUUUCCAAUCGUCCAACAAGUACACCAACUAUGCCACCUAUCCCAACGACGCACCCGAUAGAAUGACCACUAGAUUCUUGGAUGUUUACAGCGCUCCAAGUGCAUUCACUCUCACAAACACACUAACAGGUGUUGUCUUUCACACAUCACCAGCCGGUAAAGUAAGAUGCAGAAAGGGAUGGACUACAUCUCAUCAAUUCCAAGUCAUCUAUUCAAAUGCUGCCAAUAACUGUGCCAAUGGUGAGUAUGAUAUCCUCGUCUUUGGUCAAAAUGCUGUCAACCAAGGUAUUACUUUCUUACUUUUACCAGCAAUGCCAGAAAUGGUAUUACUUGGUUCAGAUGGUACUUAUCUUGAUGGUACUGGUUGGUCAACUCUUUAA